GUGCUCGAAACGAGAGAAGUGCGAAGAAGAGAGAAAGCUAAACGAGAAAAACAGGAAACUAUUGACGCUCAAGUAGCUCGAAAAUGUGCCGGCCAAUAGAGUCACGCGAUUCGCUGGGCGCCAUGGGCCCGGCUGCUGUCGCGUUGUUCGCGGGUUACCAACCCGCCGCAGGCGCUAACAAGGCUAUGCUGAGCCAGAACGCUAAGACUGCGGGUCGCGCGCCCGCCUGGUCUGCUGCUGGAGAAAUGGGCUUCGGUGCGGACGGAAUGAACAUGCUGAGUAUGGCUGCGCCACCCCCGGCGCUGCCUUUCGUGUCCUUUCCGAAAAACAACAGCCUGCCAACCAUGCCGUGGAGUACCGCCCCGACGGCUGAUCUUUUGAGUAUGGGUCUGCCCAGCGAGUUCGCAGCCGUCCCCGUCCCUGCAGUGGUCAAGCCCGAGGAUACCAUCCCGCAGCCCGACUUUGAGGCUCAGGAACUGGAGGAGUUGCUCGAUUUCUCGAUGCCUGGCGAGCUGGAAAGCAUCGGAAAGGACAAGCCGGACCUCGUGAAUUUGGACGACGGCUUUGACGGUACGGAAAUGUCGAUUCUGUACAGCUUUUUGGUUGAUGCUCCCGAGGACAAGUCCAAGAAGACCGUGGAGAUUGAUGACGGCAUCUUGAACCUGAAUGUGCUGACGGGCUCCCCCAUCGAGGGACUUAUGGAGUCUCUCGAGUCCGACUUUACGGACACGGAGCUUAUGCUGACUCCGCGUCGCUCGGAUCCGCUGAUGACUCCAAAGAUCAUGACCAAGCCUGGCGAGGUGAAGAGCCGCCGUCUCUGUAAGAGCGAGGGAUGCUACAAGCGCUCGCGCUCGAACGGCUUGUGCAUCUCGCAUGGUGGCGGUCGUCGCUGCGCCGUUGAGGGCUGCGACAAGAGCUCGCAGGGCGGCAACCUUUGCAUCCGUCACGGCGGCGGCAAGCGCUGCAGUCACGAUGGUUGCGACAAGGCUGCUCAGUCGAACUUCCUGUGCAAGGCUCACGGUGGCGGCCCGCGUUGCCAGCUCGGUGGCUGCUCGCGCAGCUCUCAGGGCGGAGGUUUCUGCCGCUCGCACGGCGGUGGCAAGCGCUGCAUGUUCGAUGGAUGUGACAAGGGAACGCAGCGCGGCGAUUACUGCGCGCUCCACGGCGGUUCACGCCUGUGCGAGGUGCCAGGCUGCAUGCGCAAUGACCGCGGCGGAGGCCUGUGCGCCACACACGGUGGAGGCAAGCGCUGCACCGUGGACGCUUGCAAUAAGCCAUGCCGACGCAAAGGUCUGUGCUCUGCACACUUGCGCCAGGCGGAGGGGACCAACUAACUGAGGGUCGACCGAGUGAAAGUCGCUCCGCUCUUACCGAAGUGAAUGACAAGGAGUUGACGACGGUGAUGGUGGAACGAUGACAUGGAAAGACGGGGUGAAAAGGAGGGCGUGGAAGGAGAGGGAACUGGAGGAGAUGAGGAAGUGGAAGGCGGAAGCUGGCGGGUCUAGUGGCGUUGGAAUCUUUUGUUGCAACUUGGCUCUUUGGGAUCAAUGCAAACGUGCUGCGCGACUUCACCUUAAAGAUGGCGUGAAAGGCUGACGACUAUUUGGUGAAACAUGCUGACGAUUGGUUGGUGGCCCAGAGGCCCGGUUCAGUCGGUCGAAGCCUCGAACCGCGGGGUUUACUCUUUUUGCGAGAGGGACUUCGGCCGACGGCAGCAGAGGAGACUCUGCAAUUUUCAUAUGGUGCAUAAUUGGCUUGGCGGCUGCGUGCAAGUACGCGGCGAGUCGUGACAAGGGAAGGUCAAGAGUCAUCGAGUGGUGGAGUCGAGCGAUUGUCCCGUCCAGUUUCCUGAGGUUGAAGACUGGCGAGGCCAGGGAGGAAAGAGGCCGGUGGCGAGUCGGCUCGGUGCUUUGGUUCUUCGCGUCAGCUCUUCUUUAUUUACAGUGAGAUGUAGGACUAAUGCCAUUUUGACCUUUAACAGCCUGCGGGUUCUGUGGUGUAGUCUUCACAUAAAGUAGUG